CUGCAGGAGGCAGCAGGCCCAGCGGAGCAGCGGUCGCCGUCACCGCUGCCGCUCCGGCCGCCGCCGCUCCCCCGUUCCGGCUCCAGCCCCAGCGCCCCCUCGGUCUGCCAUGCCGUCCCGCCGCGCCCCGGCGUCCGGAGCGCAGCUGCUGCCCGCGCCCGCCCUGCUGCUGCUGCUGCUGCCGCUCGGCGCCGGGCCCCGCGGCUGCUGCCUGGCCACCCCGGUGCCCGCCGCGCCCCUGCCCGCGCCGGGGCCGUGCGCCGCGCAGCCCUGUCGGAACGGGGGCGUGUGCACCCCGCGCCCGGAGUCCGGCCCUCAGCCCUCGGCGCCAGCUGGAGAGCCCACCUAUAGCUGCACCUGCCCCGCCGGAGUGUCCGGCGCUAACUGCCAGCUUGUUGCGGAUCCUUGCACCAGCAACCCUUGUCACCAUGGCAACUGCAGCAGCAGCCCCAGCAGCGAUGGCUACCUCUGUAUUUGCACUGACGGCUACGAAGGUCCAAACUGUGAACAGGCACUUCCCAGUCUUCCAACCUCAGGCUGGACCGAGUCCAUGGCACCCAGACAGCUCCAGCCUGUCCCUGCUACCCAGGAGCCUGACGUCAUCCUGCCCCGCUCUCAGGCAACCGUGACCCUACCCACGUGGCAGCCGAAAACAGGGCAGAAAGUUGUAGAAAUGAAAUGGGAUCAAGUGGAGGUGAUUCCAGAUAUCGCCUGUGGGAACGCCAGUUCUAACAGCUCUGCGGGUGGCCGCCUGGUAUCCUUUGAAGUGCCACAAAACACCGCAGUCAAAAUUCGGCAAGACGCCACUGCGUUGCUGAUUUUGCUAUGGAAGGUCACGGCCACAGGAUUUCAGCAGUGCUCCCUCAUAGAUGGACGGAGCGUGACCCUCCUGCAGGCUCCUGGGGGUCUCGUCCUCCUGGAGGAGAUGCUCGCCUUGGGGCACAAUCACUUCAUCGGUUUUGUGAAUGAUUCAGUUACUAAAUCGAUCGUGGCUUUGCGCUUGACUCUGGUGGUGAAGGCCAGCACCUGCACGCCGGGGGAGAGCCAUGCAAACGACGUGGAGUGCUCAGGAAAAGGGAAAUGCGUCACGAAGCCAUCAGAGGCAACUUUUUCCUGUAACUGCGAUGAUCAGUAUAUUGGAACUUUCUGUGAAGAGUUUGAUGCCUGCCAGAGGAAACCCUGCCAGAACGACGCGAGCUGUGUUGAUGCAAAGGAAAAGCAAGAUGGAAGCAAUUUCACCUGCGUCUGCCUUGCUGGUUAUACUGGAGAGCUUUGUCAAUCCAAGAUUGAUUAUUGUAUCCUAGACCCAUGCAGAAAUGGAGCAACAUGCAUUUCUAAUCUCAGUGGAUUCACUUGCCAGUGUCCAGAAGGAUACUUCGGAUCUGCUUGUGAAGAAAAGGUGGACCCAUGUGCCUCAUCGCCGUGCCAGAACAAUGGCACCUGCUAUGCGGACGGUGUGCGCUUCAGCUGCAGUUGCAGCGCAGGCUUCACAGGACCAACCUGUGCCCAGCUGGUGGACUUCUGCGCACUGAGCCCCUGCGCUCACGGCAGCUGCCGCAGCGUGGGUACCAGCUACAAAUGCCUCUGUGAGCCAGGUUACCACGGCCUCUACUGUGAAGAGGAAUACAACGAGUGCCUCUCUGCCCCAUGCCUGAACGCGGCCACCUGCAGGGACCUCGUUAACGGCUAUGAGUGCGUGUGCCUGGCAGAGUACAAAGGGGUACACUGUGAGUCGUACAAGGACCCCUGUGCUAAUGUCAGCUGUCUGAACGGAGGCACCUGCGACAGUGAAGGCCUAAACGGCACGUGUGUCUGCACACCAGGGUUUACAGGUGAAGAAUGUGACGUCGACAUCAAUGAAUGUGACAGUAACCCUUGCCAUCAUGCCGGCACUUGCCUGGACCAGCCCAAUGGUUAUACCUGCCACUGCCCACACAGCUGGGUGGGAGCAAACUGUGAAAUCCACCUCCAGUGGAAGUCUGGGCACAUGGCGGAGAGUCUGAGCAACAUGCCCCGGCACUCCCUGUACAUCAUCAUCGGCGCCCUGUGCGUCGCCUUCAUCCUGAUGCUGAUCAUCCUGAUCGUGGGGAUUUGUCGCAUCAGCCGCAUCGAGUACCAGGGCUCGUCUAGGCCGGCCUACGAGGAGUUCUACAACUGUCGCAGCAUCGACAGCGAGUUCAGCAAUGCCCUUGCCUCCAUCCGGCACGCCAGAUUUGGAAAGAAAUCCCGGCCUGCGAUGUACGAUGUGACUCCCAUCGCCUAUGAAGAUUACAGCCCCGAUGACAAACCCUUGGUCACACUGAUUAAAACGAAAGAUUUGUAAUCAUUUUUUGGAUUAUUUUUCAAAAAAGAUGGCCUACUACACUCAUUUAAAUAUUUUUAAGAAAACAAAAAGCUUAAGAAAUUUAAAAUGUUAGCUGCUCAAGAGUUUUCGGUAGAAUAUUUAAGAACUAAUUUUCUGCAGCUUUUAGUUUGGAAAAAAAAUAUUUUAAAAACGGAAUUUGAGAAAUCCAUAGACUACGUUUUAAUGUACGUUCCGCUCUCUUAAACUAUUCUUCCAAUAGCGUGUUGGCCUUUCACGGUAGACGCUAUCACGACACCCAGAUUGAUCUCUGUGGUUGUCACAGAAUAAGUCUAAUCAAGGAGAAGUUUCUGUGUGAUGUGUGAGCACCAGCUUUCUGAGUAGAGUUAGGAAACCCAUGUAGAGUAUGACGAAUAGUACAGUAUACCCGUGACUUAAAAAGAAGUCUGAAAUGUUUGUUUUGUGAAAAAGAAACUAGUUCAACUUAUUAUUCCUAACCCGAAUGAAAUUAGUCUUUGCCUUAUUCUGUGCAUGGGUAAAUAACGUGUUUCUGCACUGUUUUGUUGAACCUUGCCGAAACCUUCUUUUGACUUUGUUUUUGUCAUUUUUGUAACAGUCGUCAAGCUAGGCCUUGAAAGAGCCGUGUGAGGCAACUUAUGAUUGAAUUGAAACUGUAUUUUCUUUAAAGAGUCAAGGUUUUUUUUAUUGUGAGUAAAUGAAAUUUACGUUGGAGUUGUUAGUCGCUAAGAGGUAGUAAAAUCUAAGAGAGUCUUGGUCCCUUCCGUAGUGAGUAUUUCUUAUAGUGCAUCUUUAUUUAUAUCCAGGACAUUUUUGUGGCUGUAUUUGAUUGAUAUGUGCUUCUUCCGGUUCUUGCUAAUUUCAAAUACUGAAUAAAUGCUACCAAGGCAAGGA